UUUUUCAAAAUUCUUUCUCUUUUUUUUCUAUAAUAUAUUCAAAGUGGUGGAUUAUUAAAGGAAACUGGCGACGUGAUAGAAGUUUAUUUCUUGGCCGGAUUCUAGUAUUACGGUACAUGCUACUGUAAGGACUUGGCACGACACAGGACAAUCCGAAAAUGCAGCAGCCAUCAGUAAUGGAAGAGGGACCGGCCUAUGAGCCUCCAACUUACGACGAGACUUUUCCACUCCUUCCGGAAUCAACAGGAUCGACCACCAGCAGUCCAAAUCCCCCGCUUCAAGGCAAUAAUCGAAUGCGCGUCGGGUGUUCCGUUGUUACUCACGUUUUUCGUGUACCAGUUGAGGAGAGGAAAUUCGAUCACAGCGAUAAAUUUGGUGAAGGCGAAUCAAUUCGCACUUGCCAAUUAAUCACCAAGGAAUCGGGUGCACACAUUGAAAUUGCAUCGUCAAAGGAUCAGUCAUUAACUUUCCUUGUCACUGGAAAAGAAUCGCAGGUCCUUGAAGCGAAACGUCGAAUUUUAACCAAUUUCCAAACUCAAUCAACGAAACAAAUUAAUAUUCCUAAGGAACAUCACAGAUGGAUUCUUGGAAAGCAAAGACAGAGACUAAAGGAAUUGGAGAAAGUUACGUCGACGAAAAUUAUGGUGCCUGCAUUUCAGGAACAAUCCGAUAUUGUAACCAUCACGGGGACAAAAGAGGGAAUUGAAAAAGCCGAACAUGAUAUUCGUGUUAUUUCUGACGAACAGUCGAGGAAAGCUUUCGUGAGGGUAUCAGUGCCAAAAAUGUAUCAUCCCUUUGUUGUGGGUGCUCACAAUGAGAACCUGACGAAGCUCAUCGCCGAGACUGGAGCCCUUAUUAACGUUCCACCUCUAUCGGUUCAAAAGGAUGAAAUUACAAUUGCAGGCGAGACUGAAGGUGUUGCUCUUGCUAAGGAGCGAAUUGAGGCCAUUCAUGCUGACAUGGAGAAGCGAUGCGCAACAGUUUCCGUGGAAGUUCCCAAGUCUCAGCACAAAUAUGUUCUUGGUCCCAAGGGCAGUACUAUUAAUGAAAUUCUCCAAUUAACUGGAGUUAGUGUAGAAAUACCAGCUGCCGAUUCCUCAGUGGGAACAAUUACUCUUCGAGGUCCUCAUGAUAAACUUGGAAUUGCCUUGAGUAAGGUUUACGAAAAGGCGAAUAGCAUGUGUAAUGAUGGAGUUGAUGCGCCGGCAUGGAUUCACAAAUAUAUUAUUGGUCCAAAAGGAGCGAAUAUCAAAAAAAUAACUCAGGACAUGGGCAAGGUGAAUGUUGAAUUUAACGAUAAGGAAAAUCGCAUUAAAAUUGAAGGCCCACCAGAGGAGGUUGAGAGGGUGAAAAAAACUAUUCAAUCAAUGGUUGAAGAUUUUGUUGCCAAAUUAACAUUCACCGAACUCAAUAUACAUCCAAAAUAUUACAAGCAUAUCAUUGGAAAAAAUGGUGCAAAUGUAAACCGCUUGAAGACUGAAAUGGGAGUUGUUAUCACAAUUUCCGAGAAUUGCGGUGUCAAUUUGAUACGAAUUGAGGGCAAUCAUACUGGAGUUAAAGAAGCCGAAAAGGAAUUGUUGGAAAUGGUGGAAAAAUUGGAGAACGAAGUCGAGAAGGACGUUGCAAUUGAGCCGCGUUUCUAUCGUAAAAUUAUUGGUUCUAAAGGCGAUAAUAUUAAAGAAAUUCGUGAUAAAUUCAAUCAAGUGCAAAUCAUUAUUCCAGCUCAAGGAGACAAAGCAGGUGCAGUGAAAAUUCGCGGUCCUAAACAAGACGUUGAAAAGUGUCAUAAAUAUUUAAUGAAACUGGUGAAGGAAAUGCGUGAAAGUAGCUACGUUCUAGAGGUGCCGAUUUUCAAGCAAUUCCAUAAAUUCAUCAUUGGCAAAGGUGGCGUCAAUAUUCGCAAGAUUCGCGAGGAGACGCAAACGAAAAUCGAUUUGCCAGCCGAAGGUGAGAAAAGUGAUGUAAUAACAAUUACUGGCAAAAAGGAAAAUGUCGAAGAGGCUAGGGAUAAAAUUCAAAAAAUCCAAAAUGAAAUGACUGCCACUGUUACUGAUGAAAUAGCAAUACCUCCGAAAUUUUAUAAUACGCUUAUUGGUACCGGUGGUAAAUUGAUUCAAUCCAUAAUGGAAGACUGCGGAGGUGUCACUAUUAAAUUCCCAUCUUCGGAUAGUAAGAGCGAUAAGGUUAGCAUUAGAGGACCAAAAGAAGACGUCGAGAAAGCAAAGCAACAACUAUUAGAGUUGACUAAUGAAAAAUUACUCUCGAGUUACACUGUAGAAAUACGCGCCAAGGCUCAACACCAUAAAUUUAUUAUAGGAAAAAACGGUGCUAAUAUCAAAAGGAUUCGUGAAUCCACAGGAGUUCGAAUUAUCUUCCCGACUGAUAAAGAUGAAGAUAAGGAAUUAAUUACUAUUAUGGGUAAAAAAGAAGCGGUGGAAAAGGCCAAAGCCGAAUUGGAGGCAUGCAUCAGUGAAAUAGACAACAUAAUCGAGGGUGAAAUUUUGAUUGACUUGAAGCAUCAUCGACAUUUCGUUGCCAGGAGAGGUGGAGUUUUGCAUAAAAUUGCUGAUGAAUGUGGAGGUGUGCAAAUCUCUUUUCCAAGGCCCGGUGUCGAGAGUAAUCGUGUCACUCUCAAGGGUUCUCACGAAUGCAUAGAAGCUGCCAAACAACGUAUGCGUGAAAUUGUGCAAAACUUGGAAUCAAUGAUCACAAUUGAAUGCAUUAUCCCGAGAAAAUAUCAUCGAACUGUUAUGGGUGCUAAAGGUUGUAAAAUACAAAGCGUUACUGCUGAAUUUGAUGUCCAAAUUAAAAUUCCCGAUCGUGAUACUUAUGUAGACGAGAAACCAGUGGACCAAGUAAACGGCGAGAAUGGAGAUGAAGCUCCAGCCGUUUCACCGGGCGACAUUAUUCGCAUCACCGGCUUGCCAGAAAAUGCGGCUAAUGCCAAACAGGCUCUUCUCGAUCUCGUACCAACAACAAUUGAAGUGGAGGUUCCAUUUGAUUUCCAUCGUUCGAUUAUUGGACAGAAAGGAAAGGAUGUUCGGGAAUUAAUGGAAACUUAUGAUGUUCACAUUAAACUUUCCCCAGCUGAAGAAAGACUCGACUAUAUUGAGAUCUGCGGUACUCCAGCCAAUGUUGAGAGUGCAAAACAAGCAAUUUUGGAGAAAUGCGAAAUUCUCAAAGCCGAGAAAGAGGAUAAAAUAUUAAAGUCUUUCGAAUUGAAGAUUGAAGUUGAUCCCGAAUAUCAUCCGAAAAUUAUUGGCCGAAAGGGAGCGGUAAUUACGAAAAUUCGUACAGAUCACGAUGUGCAAAUUAAUUUCCGUCGCAAGGGUGAGCCUGAUGAGAGAUUUAUCACUAUCACAGGUUAUGAGGCAAACACUCAUGACGCUAGAGAUGAUAUUCUCAAGAUUGUUAACGAGCUGGACGGAUUGAUGAAGGAAGAAAUUCGCAUUAGUUCGGCAGUGCAUUCAAGGCUAAUUGGAUCAAAGGGACGUAAUAUACGGAAAAUAAUGGACGACUAUAAGGUCGAUAUUAAAAUUCCCCGUAAAACUGAUCCCGAUCCAGAAAUGGUCACGAUCAUUGGCAAUGAGGAAAAUGUUCUUGACGCUAAGGACUAUCUUCUCAAAUUGGAGGAGGAAUAUAUGCAAGAAGUGUCGCACACCUAUGAAUACACAAAUAGUCUACGAGCACCUCAACGCGACGAGGGCAGUGGAAGUGAGAAUGAUUCUGGAUUUAUCGUGAAAGGCGGUCCAUGGGAGCAACAACAACAACAAAGUGCUCCAAAUACAGCGAGUGUCGAGGAAUUUCCACAAUUUGGUGGUUUCACUCAUGUUCCAGCGUCAGUUCCCGACGGUGCAUGGGGAAAACGUUAAAAAAAACAAAAAUAAUCUCCUAAAAGAAAACAAAAAUCAACAUUUAAAAAAUUUUUUUUGCAAUAUUUUCUUCAAGGCAAAAAAAAUUUUUCACUAAAAACAAAACUUUCCUCUAACAAAGAAACUAAGAAAAAGAGAGAAAAUUAAGGAUCAUCAAAUUUUUUUUGCAAUAUGAUGAUAAUGAUAAUGAUGAAAAGAAAAUGUACUCCAGCAAAAAAAAAUAUUUUGCUGAGUUAUAUUUAAAAAAAAAAAAAAACCCCUCCUCCAUUACUGAAAGCUGCUGCAAUACGACUUGGCCAAUUCUCUCGGACUUUGACAAUGGUUUUGCUAAUAAAUAAAUAAAUAAAUAAAAAAAAGGGAAAAACAACAUAACAGAAGAAGUUGAAUGAAGACGACGAUUGUUUAUAUUUACAGUUUAAUAUCAAUGUACCCCAAUAUCUGGAUCUAAAACAACAAUAACAACAACAACAAAAAAAGGGUCUUAGGUUCAGAUAUGUGCUGUACUUAAAAAAGACUGUGGCUUCAUAUAUAGGAAUAUUUUUAAUUAAUUUUACACGCUCUUUAAAUUCAAAUUAUGAAAAAAAAAGAAUUGAGUCGUGAACAAAGCUGAAUAUUUUAUCAAUUAUUUUAUGGAUGAUAAUUAUUAUUAUUAUAAUAUAAUAAUUAGCCCGGCAUAAUAUUUCACCUCCUUUUUACAUAUUAUAAAUAUAUAUUUUUCUGUCAGUGUCAUUUUUUUUCAAUUUUUUUUUUGCUCGUUUCAAUGUUUUUUAAUUUUUUUUUCUUUUUUUGUUAAUUUAUUUAUAUUUUUGUACAUAAAUUGCAUUUUUUUUGUUGUUGUUGAAAUAUGAGAGCGACCCGGUGUCGUUCAAUAAAAAAAAAUGAUGAAUCAAAGGAGGAAAACAUUUUUUUUUCGAGAAAGAGAGGGUGGAGGGGGAAAAAUGCACUUUCCUUUUUUUCCCCAAUUUAAAAUCAAUUUGACUUAAAAAGUCCUAAUUUCGAUGAUUUUUAACCGCAAUUUUAAGAUUUUUCAAAAAUUUCAAACUAUGGACCCUAUUUUUUAAUUCUUUUUUUUUGUUGAAUAAAAUUAAAUUAAAUUCGAUAAAAAAAAAUAUUUUUUAAUUUUUUUCGAUCAAAAUUCCACUCUCCCUGUUCUUCUUCCCCCUUCAUCACUUUCCACUUUUUUUUUCCUAAUCUGUUAAUAAAUUUCAUAUUUAUAAGUGUAGCAAUUUUUUUUUUCGUCGAUUUUUCUUUUACUUUCUAAUCGUUGAAAUAAAAUCGGCGAAAUAGUUAAAAAAAAACGAAAUGAAUAAAAUAACUUGUCCCCCCCUCCCAAAAACCCUACAA